UAAAACCAGCCAAAAACCCAAUAGGCAAAAGGCAAAAGCAAAAAGUCUUUGCUCACUUCUUUCUUCUUCUCCCCUUGCUUCUUCCUUCCUCCCUGAAUAAAACUACUGCGAUCUUUCCUUCCAAGAUUCAGAGGAAAAUAGAUCACAAUCAAGAAUCAUGUCUUCAGAGACAGCACCAGAAUCCACAGCAUCAGAAGAAGCCACCACCCAGAAACCACCAUCAACCACUGCAGCAGCAGCACCACCACCACCAUCAUCGUCAUCAGGUCCAUCAUUUUCAUUGAAGCCCAGUUGGGUUCUCCCCUACAGAACCCAAUCCCUCCAAUCCAUUUACAGUAUAGGCAAGAAACUAGGCCAAGGCCAGUUUGGCACAACUCAUUUGUGCACAGAGAAAUCAUCAGGUGUACUCUAUGCCUGCAAGUCUAUACCUAAGAAGAAACUCAUCUGUAAAGAGGACUAUGAUGAUGUCUGGAGGGAGAUUCAGAUAAUGCACCAUCUUUCUGAGCACCCGAAUGUGGUCCGAAUAAAGGGUACUUAUGAGGAUUUUCUUUGUGUUCAUAUAGUCAUGGAGUUGUGUGCUGGUGGGGAGCUUUUUGAUAGGAUAGUGCAAAAGGGACAUUAUAGUGAAAGAGAGGCUGCAAAGCUGAUCAAAACUAUUGUUGGGGUUGUGGAGGCUUGCCAUUCUUUGGGGGUUAUGCAUAGGGACCUUAAGCCUGAGAAUUUCUUGUUUACCAGUGCUGAUGAAGAUGCAGCUCUAAAGGCCACUGAUUUUGGCCUCUCUGUCUUCUACAAGCCAGGUGAAACAUUUUGUGAUGUAGUCGGGAGUCCUUACUAUGUUGCACCAGAGGUUUUACGCAAGCAUUAUGGACCUGAAUCGGAUGUAUGGAGUGCUGGAGUUAUAUUGUACAUUUUACUUAGUGGUGUUCCACCUUUUUGGGCUGAAACUGAGAUGGGGAUCUUCCGCCAGAUACUACAAGGAAAAUUGGAUUUUGAAUCUGAACCGUGGCCUGGUAUUUCCGACAUUGCCAAGGAUUUGAUACGAAAAAUGCUAGAUAGAAAUCCAAAGAGAAGGUUGACAGCCCAUGAAGUUCUGUGUCAUCCAUGGAUUAUUGAUGACAAUAUGGCCCCUGAUAAACCUCUUGAUUCUGCUGUACUGUCACGCCUCAAGCAGUUCUCUGCAAUGAACAAACUCAAGAAGAUGGCUUUGCGUGUAAUUGCUGAGAGGCUAUCAGAAGAAGAAAUUGGUGGCCUUAAGGAGUUAUUUAGAAUGAUAGAUACAGACAAUAGUGGGACAAUAACCUUUGAUGAACUGAAAGAGGGUUUAAGGCGAGUAGGUUCUGAACUCAUGGAGUCUGAGAUCAAGGAUCUUAUGGAAGCAGCAGAUAUUGACAAUAGUGGAACAAUAGAUUAUGGUGAGUUUCUUGCUGCUACUGUGCACUUAAACAAGUUAGAGAGAGAGGAGAAUCUAGUAUCAGCGUUCUCUUUCUUUGACAAAGAUGGAAGUGGUUACAUAACCAUUGAUGAGCUCCAACAGGCUUGCAAGGAAUUUGGUUUAAGUGAACUCCACCUCGACGAGAUGAUCAAAGAAAUUGAUCAAGAUAAUGAUGGACAGAUUGACUAUGGAGAAUUUGCUGCAAUGAUGAGGAAAGGAAACGGUGGAGUUGGCAGGAGGACCAUGAGGAAUACUUUGAAGCUGGGAGAAGCCUUGGGAGUUUAUCAAAACAGCGAAUAAAUUAUGUGAAGCUCAUCUGUAUCAACUUUUCUGAUUUUGUUUUUGCUAUGAUGAGCCUGUCUUUUGUCGCUGAUAACUGUAUAAGGUUUAGGAUACUUUCCUUUCCCUUCCUGCCUCUCUGAUGGCUGAUCCUCCUGAAAAUAGGCACAGCACUUUUGAUAUCUGUAACCGGACUUGAUCAAUAUUUUUUUGUCUACUGGAAAGUACUAACCCCCUCCCUAGUUUAAUCUGAUAA